CCUGUGUAAUUAUGGCUAGAAUUUGAAAUACCGCUUUUAUGGUGCUCAUAGGGUGAGCUUUAUUUGAACUAAAACGUCGGAAUAUUUUUAAAUUAUAGGUCCCCAAAACGGCGCAUGCGCUGUAUCGCAAAACACAGUCCUCAUUUUCGGGAAUGGCGGAAUGCUUUGGUGGGCAUCGUGCUUGGUGUGUGAAGUUUAACCAAACUUGAAUGAUUUGUGAUUAGAUUGUAAAAAAAGUCAAACAUGGAUUUAUUAGGAAGAUUUAACUUUGUGGAGCUGGUUUACUUGUUUUCCUUUCUCUGUUCUUUGGUCAACGCCAUCACGGAUUAUCCAAUCGGGGCGAUUUUCGACAGAAACUCGGAAGACAUCAAAUAUGCAUUCAACAAAGAGAUAGAGUUUCUGAACACUCGGAACGACGCCAUUCAUAUUGUUCCAGAAAUACAAGAGUUAGAUGCUACCGACAGCUUUGCCGUAAGCAAUGCAAUAUGUUCCCUCAUCAAGAAAGGAGUGUACGGCAUAAUUGGAGUAUCUAACGCUUCUGCCUUACCAACAAUUCAAUCUUAUAGCAAUACAUUCAAGGUGCCUUUCAUCUCUCUAAGUAUGACCCAGAACACCUCCAAUAGUGGUCAUUUCCAACUGUAUAUGAGACCCGUCUAUAUCAACGGCCUCCUGGAUGUUAUUAUCGAGUACAGUUGGACGAGGAUUCUCUAUAUCUAUGAUACGGAUGAAGGUCUGAUACGACUGCAGCAGCUUUUCCAAGCAGUCAACAUGCGUGAGCAGACUCUGGACAUCGAUGUUAAACGAGUGUCGGAUGCAUAUAAGUGUUAUGAGAUGCUGAAAGAUUUGCACCAGAAAAAUGACAAAGUUGGAAUAAGGGUGUUUCUGGACAUUCCUACUGAGAGAGCGGAAGAAGUUAUAUUAAGUCUGAAAAAUGAUACCUCUGUACUUAAUCAUAAAUUCCACUUUCUUCUUGGGGAGUUGAGAAUAGAUGAAAUGAACUUAGCUCCUUUUAGAAAUGGAGGCAUAAAUAUAACAGGUUUCCAGCUACUUAAUUAUACAAAGCUGAAAGAUGACGUCACGAAAACCGAGUGGAUGAAGUGGCAAUGGCCGGAUUUGAGGGACGCAGUUAAAAUACCGUUGGGCCCAGCACUUGUGAUUGACGCUGUGCAGCUAUUUCAAAAAGCCCUGAAAAAGUACAACAAGCAAAGAAGCGUCGGGUUCAGCUACAAUAACUACGGUCGUUCCUUCAGCCCCGAGCCUCGGAUGAAAUGUACAGACAGUAGCAACUAUAUCAGCCCUCACAAUGGCUCAGAAAUCAUGAAGAUUCUCAAGAGCAAAGAUGUACAGAUAGACGGCUUAUCGGGAAAAAUCAGUUUCGACGAAAGAGGAUUUCGAGACAAAUUUCAAAUCCAGCUCUUUGACAUAACAAUGACAAUGGGUCUGGCGGAUGUAGGCUAUUGGACGCCAGACGACGGUCUUAGGACCCAGGAACCUUACAAAAGACAACUCCAUGUUGAAUCAACCAAUCGCACACGUAUUGUGACAACGAUAAUGGAAGCUCCUUACUUAAUGUACAAAGAUGCAGCAGCUGAAAGACGAGCUAAGACAAUGCCAAAACCAGUUUGCGGACGAGAGCUCUUUACAGGCUUUUGUAUGGAUCUCGCUGACGCUGUGUCUAGGGAAUUAAACAUUAAGUUUAACGUAUGUCUGGUUAAAGACGGCAAGUAUGGUGAAGAACUUGAAAAUGGAACAUGGAAUGGUCUACUAGGGGAAGUACUCCGUCAGGAAGUUGAUCUAGCCAUUGCACCGCUGACCAUCAACUCCCAGCGGGAGAGGGUUGUGGAUUUCACCAAGCCCUUCAUGAGUUUGGGUAUCAGUAUUAUGAUCAAGAAGACCGCUGUCAAGAAAGCAAGUGUCUUUUCAUUCAUGGACCCCCUCUCGUAUGAGAUUUGGAUGUGUAUACUGUUUGCGUACAUUGGCGUCAGUGUCGUCCUGUUCCUAGUCAGCAGAUUCAGUCCUACAGAGUGGCAUGUUGAAGAGGGAACCAUCAUUUCAAACGAUUUCACAAUAUCCAACAGUCUGUGGUACUCUUUGGGGGCUUUUAUGCAGCAGGGCUGUGACAUAUCACCAAGGUCAAUCUCUGGCCGUAUUGUAGGGAGUGUGUGGUGGUUCUUCACCCUCAUUAUCAUCUCCUCCUACACUGCCAACCUGGCAGCCUUUCUCACAGUGGAACGAAUGUUAACGCCAAUAGAAUCAGCUGAAGAUCUCGCCAAGCAGACAAAAAUACAGUAUGGUGUCAGGGAGAGCGGAAGUACUAAAGACUUUUUCAAGAACUCCAAAUUUCCUGUCUACGAAAGGAUGUGGGCGUAUAUGCAGUCAGCAAGUCCAAGCGUUUUCUGUAAAACAAACGACGACGCACUUGCUAGAGUCAGGAAAGGAAAUUAUGCAUACUUUAUUGAAUCCAAUACCAAUGAUUACAUAAACAUGAGGGAACCCUGUGAUACUAUGAAGGUCGGUCCAAACCUUGACUCCAAAGGCUACGGAAUUGCAACUCCUAUCGGUUCAGACCUCAGAGACACGCUUACUUUAGCAGUAUUAAAGCUAAGAGAAUCUGGUGAUCUAGAGGAAAUGCAAAAGGAGUGGUGGGAUCGAAGGUCUGAAUGUCCAAUAAAGGAGACUGGACAGGACGGCGGACAAGCAGAGCUGACCUUGGAGAACGUUGCAGGAAUAUUCUACAUUCUGGUUGCGGGACUUAUACUUUCCAUUGUCAUAGCAUGUGUUGAAUUCUUUUACAAAUCAAAACUCGAUUCUAAGAGAUCGAAGAAGUCAUUUGGUGCCAUGUUGAGGUGUAAAGCACGGUUGUCAUUCAGAGGUUCGCUUGAUAGAGACACCCCGGCUCCCUCAACUCCCAUGAGAAAAUCCAUGUCAACAUACACUUACACGGGACCAACACAGGUGUCAGCAGCAGACGGCUUCCCUGAUAAUCUGCAUACUCAAGUCUGAGACAUCGGUAUGACAUUGGAAAAGAGUUGAUGAACAACUAUUAUAGAAGAUCGUACAUGCAUCCAUUGAAUGAUAGUGAAUGGACAAUAGAAGAUACCUAGAUAUCUACAACGUCUGAGGCUGCCAGGCAUCGUCUGUAGGGCUUUGCAUAAAUGUGGAUAAAUCAUAGAAGACAACUAUCGACUAGUCAUUUAUAAUUGAUAUGGCAUGUGCACUGCCAAAAUACGCAUGUCAUAAAUUAUUUUGUUUUUUGGGGGGAAGGGGUUUUACCAUCUUUUUUCAAUCUCGGCAGUGACUAUUUUAAAACAUAUAGCUAUUACCCUGUGUGCACUAUUUGAGAUAUAUUGCAAUCGGUAAACUGCGUGUUUCCGUUGCUAUUAAUCGCCAGAAAGUUGUGCACAAUUCAUGAAUUUUUUCACAUUUCAUGCAAAAGCAGGAUUGAUUCCACUUUCCUAAUGGUCCUUUUGACUGAAGACUAUUUUUCAGACAUGGUAACAUGAGAUGAAUGUAGCGUUAUAUCAAGUGUGUAAGCAAAGGGAGAGAACUACAAAAUGGAUAAUACUGAAUGCAACAAGACCAGCUUUCCAUGAACAGUGCGGGGACUUGAGCAGCCUCUAGGGCUUACAUGGACGAUAGUAACUGCAUAUAUAACACUGAUUAAUGGUGUUUCUUAUUCAGUUUAGCUGCGAUAUAUAUAUAUGAAGGUGUUAAAUACAAUACUCAUAACGUUACAUUAGAUAAAGUGACACUCGGAACACCUCGGGUAUGUUCCAUCGAAAACAACCGCGGAUGUAUGCCGGUACAUUAGUAGAAGUAGUUCGUUAUUCUUUAAAUAAUAAUUUUAAUUAAUUGAAGCCUAUAAAGGUGUAUUUUGCAUUACCUUGUUUAAAUUGAUUGCAUGUACAGUGUACUAUUGCACAAAUUAUUAAGAUUCCCUAGAGUAAAUCUAAGUGAAACUGUUAAAUUGAUAUCACUACGCGAUCUCCUUGCAGCGUCGUUAAAUGUAAAUAUUUCUGACAUUGCGAACCGUCUAUUUACAUCAAGGGUUGUUUUCGAUGGGAAAUGAUCGAGGUGUUCCGAAUGCCUAAAAUGGUUGCUUAAUUAGUUUGCAGUUUUGAUAUAUGUGUUGAAAGUAGAACUGUUUUCAUUUGAAUGUAUUUAUGAUACUAGUACGGUGUGCAUAUUUUAAGAAACAUUGAGAAUAUGAAAUGCUGCGCUGGUAAAUACAUUGAUUCCAUGGUAUCAUUUUGUCGGAAACCUGAACCUUAAGGAACUGUCAACUGAUGCAAUAGUGUCAAAGCUAAAAAUUAUUCGCAUUGCAGCCAGAUUUGUAUAUUUUGGUAAUUUUGAAAAAGUGCAAAUGUUUUCAACAAAGGUUUUGACGAUGUUUAAGAUGUCAGUUAUAUUUACUUCGUAUUUCUUCAUGUAGAAGUUUUAUGUCUGGUAAAAAUAAUAUUCAGAGAUUGUAAUUGUAAUUGUCAUUCAUGCAUUUCUUCAAUUCGCCAUGUUUCUGUUGUAAAUAUUCAAAUGUCAUUUUCUGUACAGUUUAUGUAUUGCAGUUUAUCGGUUGUGAAAAUUUGUACCUUUUGUCUAUCAAAACUGUUUCAGAUUUAUUAAGUAUAUUUUCUGUCGGAAAAACCCAUUAAUUAAAUUACAAUUUCAAAAGAAAGAUACAUACGCGAAAUAACCACCAAAACCUAGAAUAAAUUGCAUAAUUGCAAGAAAUGUGUCCAGGUCCAUAUUACAGAAGAUUCUUAAGAAAAUUCUAACAUAUUUUAACUAAAUAGUAAUAUUUCUUCAAAUAAGUAAUUCUAAAAAUGUUUUUUUCUUAUUUUUAAAAUCUUAAAUGUCCAUAUUUUAAUUGCAGGAUCAACACUAAACGUAACAAUUUUAGCUGUAUAAAAAAGUGACAGUUAAGAAAAUUGUUAAAUUUAAGGAAAAGGUAAAAUUUUAACUUGAAAGGCUUCUGUAAUAUGACCUCAGAGUUUACUAUUAGUUGAAUGUAAAUCUGGUCUAAGUAUAGGAUUAUUUAGCAUUUUUCCAUAGUACAUGGACAAAACAUGUAUAUCACGUUUUUCAUUAUUCGAUACUAUUUGCACUUUGCGAAUGAGCGUAUAUAAUGUGUCUCAUUUCUGUUCAUAUCCUGUUUUCUCUUAUUCAAUAAAUGUUUAUACGAGAG